AAUCAAUAAUAUAUAUAUUUUUAAGAAACUUAUAAAAAAAAAGAAAGGACAAUUGGAAAAGUGAAGUCCAUGAGAAAUUGAAAGGGAAGUAGACCCCACACACAAGUAGGAGGAUUGGCCUUAGAUUGGAGUACGGUCAAUUUAUCCCCCAGAGUCAGAGGAAAAUUUAGAUACAAGCGACUCAAGUGGUGUCUCCAUGUGAAAGUACUCUUUAUUGGUUUUAUUUUUCCUCAAUAAAAUAUGAGGCACGGAGACAUUAGGAAAGUGAACUGGCCAGCAAAAUGUAGGAAGAGGGAAGUACAUUUUGAGAUCAUGAAUGUGCCAUUUGUCCACAUAGUUGUGGGUUUUUCUAGAGACACUUUGAUUCUUUCAAGGCAGGCAUGAAGAGAGCACAAACAAAUAACUACAACAGAUGAUACAUGACAGCACCCUUACCUGGGAAUCAUUUAUUCAUUCAAUAAGUAAUUCUAGUUCAUCUACUUUUUAACCUGGGCAUCUAAGGAUUAAACAGAAGAGGGCACUGGACACAUGUAGGUCACUUUCUAAAAAAGGGGAUACCUAGUCUUCAACUGGCAUAAUUUUAUGGUAUCGAUAUGUCUCGGUCAUCCAGAGAAGGGCCUGGAGUUACCAGUCAACAUACCUAUGAAAAUCACACAUAAGUGAAGGCUGCUCUGUUGGCAUCUCCUUUUUGGCAAUGUUAUAAACAGAACUUGAGAGACUAAAUUUUGAUGAGUUUAAAAAAUCGGAGUAUUGUCCCUUGCCUCAUGGUCUUCAGCCCAUUUGGGUCUACCCUGGGGUACAGGACAGCCACCCCCUUGCCUAUCUAACCGACUGGCCUGAGGCAUGUGCAUAUUACUAUAAAGCCUCAUUGAAGAAUCAAGAACAUCAUGAGUUUGAUACCCAUGUGUUACAGAGCAAGAGUUUUAGAUGAGGCGAAAUGGGCAAUGGAGUAUGCCCACCAAUGAUCUUCAAGCCCCCUGGUCUAGAACAUUAGGAGUUGGCCGAGCAACCGACACAGGAGGGGUGUGGGGGGGGGGUGUGUGUUCCGUGUGGCACAGUUGAGGAAGGCACGAAGGUUUUAUUUCCUUCUUAAGGUAAAAUCUUGCAUUUUAGAGUUUGUAGUCCUUCUUUGUGAUUACAUCAACACAAUAUCAAAGGACUAUAGCCAAGGAUCACUGAAGCUAAUAUUGUGGAAGGAAGCUGCAAUAUGGACACUAUCUGAAGGACAACAGAGAGGUCAGAGAGAUUAGAAAAGACACAGCCAGAGGUAGGCAGUUGCUAUCAGAAGGAGUAGUACCCAGCCUUUAUGCAGCCAGCAUAUACCUGGAACUAAUCCCAGUGGCUAAGGGUCUGCACCUCAAGGAGCGCUGCUGCUCAAGGACAGAGGCCCUGCAUCAGCCACUGAUUCACUGGGGCCAUGUCAGUGGCUGCCUUUGUGAGAGAGACUGCCUCCUCCUUGCCUUCUCUACAGAAGAACCAAGUGGUUAUGUAUGAGACUGGCAGAGUGCUUCAGACUUGGGCUCCCCAGAUGAAGGGCCUGGUGCUGGUACUGAUGCCAGAAUCUUCACGUGUCAGGUUGGGGAUUGUGCUGGUGUUGGUACUGACUUUCCUGCCAAGCUUCUGUAGUGACCUGGGAUCAGCAUAUUACUCAUCCUAUGAGAUAGUCAUCCCCAAGGCUCUGACAGUUGAGGGAAGGCAAGACCCAGGGGAAGAGGCAUCUUAUGUGAUAUCUAUGCAGGGCCAGAAAGAGCUGAUUCACCUGAAAGUGAAGACAGACUAUUUUCAAGAACUUUUUCCAGUCUUCAGCUACCACAAUGGCAUCCUGGGACAAGAAAUGCCUUUCAUCUCACAUGACUGUCACUAUGAAGGCUACAUAGAAGGACUCCCGGGUUCUUUUGUUUCUGUCAACACCUGUUCAGGCCUCAGGGGCAUCCUGAUUAAGGAGGGGAAAUCCUAUGGCAUUGAGCCCAUGGACUCUUCAAAACGGUUUGAACAUGUGUUGUACACCAUGGCCCAUCAAGCUCCAGUCUCCUGCAGUGUCACUUCCAAAGACAGCACAGUGGUGUCCACCAGCCGACAACAAGGGAGCAGGAAGCCUGGCGGUCUACAGGAGCUGUCCUACUUGUGGUCACUCACCAAGUAUGUGGAGAUGUUUGUUGUGGUCAACAACCAGCGGUUCCAAAUGUGGGGCAGUAACGUCAAUGAGACGGUCCAGAGAGUGAUGCACAUCAUUGCCCUGGCCAACAGCUUCACUAGGGGAAUAAACACAGAGGUGGUGCUGGCUGGAAUGGAGAUUUGGACCGAGGGGGACCUCAUAGAGGUCCCAGUGGACCUGCAAGUUACACUCGGGAAUUUCAACAGCUGGAGACAAGAGAAGCUCCUCCAUCGUGUGAAGCAUGAUGUUGCCCACAUGAUUGUCGGACAGCAUCCUGCACAGGGUAUGGGACAGGCAUUUCUCAAUGGUGCCUGUUCAAGUGGUUUUGCAGCAGCUGUUGAAUCCUUCCAUCAUGAAGAUGUCCUGCUGUUUGCAGCGCUCAUGGUCCAUGAGCUUGGGCACAACUUGGGUAUUCGGCACGACCACUCAGCCUGCAUUUGUAGAGACAAACCCCUCUGCCUCAUGCAGGACAAUAUCACUAAAGAAAGUGGCUUCAGCAACUGUAGCUCUGACGACUUCUACCAGUUCCUCCAGGAACACAGAGGGGCCUGCCUAUUUAACAACCCUCAGCGGCACAAAGGCCGCUUGCGCAGAGAUGCCAAUUGUGGAAAUGGUGUGGUGGAUGACGGUGAGCAGUGUGACUGUGGUAGUAACUGUGCCACAAACAAGUGCUGUGACAGUACAUGUAUGCUGAAGGCUGAUGCAAAGUGUAGUCCAGGACCUUGUUGUAAAGAUACGUGCCAAUUUCAAGAAAAGGGCUUCAGUUGUCGUCCUGCUUCGGGAGAGUGUGACCUCCCAGAGUAUUGUGAUGGUACCUCUGCAAAAUGUCCCGAAAACCUCUACAUGCAAGAUGGUACACCAUGUCUAGGAUAUUACUGUGUACAAGGUGAGUGUAAGAACCCUAAUCAUCAAUGCCAAGAAUAUUUUGGGACCUUUUCAACUUCUGCUGAAGAUAAUUGUUAUGAAUUGGUAAACAAGCUAGGGGACCGGUUUGGAAACUGUGGCCUUCCUACUUCUGCUAACAAAGAGUAUGUUAAGUGUACAACAGAGAAUAUGCGGUGUGGGAAAAUUAUAUGUUCAGGUAUUAGACAGAUGCCAAUCAUCAAACCCUAUCAUACAGUGAUCCAGAUUCCUUCUCCUGAAAACUACUGCUGGUCCAUGAAUUUCUAUGUCAAUGAAGAUAAAGAUGAUGAAGGAAAUGUGAAAUAUGGCACUACUUGUUCCAAAGGGAAAAUCUGCGCAAAUGCAUCCUGCACUGAUGAUGCUGUGCUCAAGUAUGACUGCGAUGUAGAAGCAAUGUGUGAUCGGAAAGGAGUUUGCAACAAUUUGAAGCACUGCCAUUGUAAGUAUGGCUAUGCACCCCCUGACUGCAAAACCUUAGGACAAGGGGGUAGUGUGGACAGUGGUCCCCCUGGUUUGCCACCUGAUGAACAGCCAACAGAUGCUGGAGGUUCUGCCACUGGCCAUCCUGCCAAACAUGAAAAGAUCAUAGACAACAUGAUCUUAUCAUUCUUAAUACUUUUUCUCAUAAUAUUAGCAGUUGUCAGUAUUGCCUCAUGCAUCCUUUGUAAAGCUUCAAAAGAAGAGCCCACAGAAGAGAAGCCUCCAGAAGAGAAGCCUCCAGAAGAGAAGCCUCCAGAAGAGAAGCCUCCAGAAGAGGAGCCUCCAGAAGAGAGCAGCUUUCAGAGCACUUCCUCUUUACUAAUCUUCCUGGGAUGA